AUGCAGAGGCCCCGGGAGGACUGGAUGGCUGAGCUGCAGGAAGGGCUGGACGUGUUCCAGGAGAUGACUCUGGAGGAAGCCGUGGACGUGCUGGAGCUGAUGGAGGAGCAUGAGCCCCUGCAGAACAACUCCAUGGCCUUUGCAGAGCAGCUGGGCCGGGAGCUCCAGGAGCUGGAUGAGGCCAACCUACAAGCCAUCAUCUUGGAGCAGCGGGUGACACAGCUGAUCAGCUCCAUCGACGAGGCCCUGGCCGAGGUGGCCAGGGUGGAGCAGACCCUGCAGGUUUGUGAUGAGCUGCUGGGGGGUGUGAAGCAGCAGAUGGAUCACAUCCACCGGGAAAACUCCCUGCUGCACCGCGUCGCUUCCAACAGGACGAGGCUGAUGGAUGAGAUCCUGUUCCUCACGACCCAGCUGCACCUGAGCAGGGAGCACCUCGCUGCCCUGAGCCGGGGGGAUCUGUCGAGCCCUGGAGCCGUGGGAGCCUGCACGGCUGCAGCACAGGCUCUGUCCUCCUGCAUGGCCGUUCCCAUCCACCCCAGUUACCGGAAGCUGCAGGCGGUGGCUAAGCAGCUGAUCCUCUUUGAAACCCUCAAGAAGAAAUUUGAGAAGUCCUUCAUCAACCACGUCACCAACAUCUUCAAGCUGCAGGGCAAUUCCCAGGCCCCUGCUCUUGGUCACCCCCUUGGCACCGUGGUUGCCCCAAGCCAUGGACCCCACCAUGAGGAGCUGCUGCCCUACACCCCCCUCAUGGCCUGGCUGAGGAACAUCAACCCCGUUCUGUUCUGGCACCUCCCCAAGGUCUAUUCCCAGAACCUUGGCAGACUCUACGAGCGGGAAAUCAAAGCCCUUUUUGAACAGGCCGAACUCACCCUGUCAGGAAGAAGAAAAGGAAGUCUGCAGGAAACUUGGGAGAAGCUGAUGGGCAGAAGGAAGCAGCCCCAGGGGAGGGAAAGCCAGGAGGACACCCCAGGCAGGGGGGACAUUAGCAGGGUGUUGGAGCAGGUGCUGAGAGAGCUGCAGGCCCUUUGCACCUCGGAGCAGCAAUUCCUGCAGGAAUUCUUCUGCCUGCGCUGUGACUCCGUGGAGCUGCAGGUGAGGGGAUCUGCCACUAAGGGAGGAGAGCCCAGGGCACCUCCAGAGGAUCCUCCUUGCACCAAGCCCUGGAGCCAGCCAGAAGAAGCCACAACCAAAGUGCUGAGUGUGCUGUUCAGCUGCCUGGAGCCAGAGCUGGGGGCAUUUCUGGAUAUCUGCAACAAGGCUCAGCCACGGGGCUGCCUGCGGGUCCUGGUGACCUUGAGUGACGCCGUGUUGGGCCCCUGGGGCUCUUCCUCAGCUCCCCCCUCGUCCUUCCUCCACGCCCUCCUGGGGAAUGUGCUGCUCCUGGCCAAGGGCAACUUCCACAAAUGCAUCGGGACCUUGUGCAAAGAGAUGGAGGAGUCCAAGACUCCCAGCAAGAUGAGAGGGAUCCUGCCUUGCAUCAGCAGCUUCCAGGAGUUCGUGGCAUUCUCUGAAGAGGUGUUCCAGACAUCCCAGCACCGGGAGGAGCUGGACAAGGCCCAGCUCAGGCUGGCCAGCAGCGUCUUCAGCAGCAUCAGCAGCCUGUCCUCAGCAAACCUGAAGGUGAAUGCAGAUAUGGUGAUGAUGGAAAAUUUCCACCACAUCCACAACUUCCUGUGCCAAAAGAACAUCCCCUGCCUGGAGGACAAGAAGAGAGAAGCCAAGCAAAGGUCCAGUGAGCACAUGGAGAAAUAUGUCACCACAUCCCUGCGCCAGCCCCUGGAGAGGCUCCAGGAUUUCUUUGAGGGGGUCAAAGCCUGCCUGGAUGAGGGGGUGAAGGAAGAGGAGGUCAGCUUCCAGCUGGCCUACAGCAAGCAUGAACUCCGGAAAGUCAUCGAAAAAUAUCCUGGCAAGGAAGUGAAAAGAGCCCUGGAGAGCCUCUACAGGACAACCCACAAAUAUCUGUCCCCAGAGGAAAAUCUUCUGCCGGUGCUGUGGAAGGCCAUGGAGCAGGAAUUCAUCCAGCAGUACAGAGAGUUUGAGGAGCUCAUCCAACGCUGCUAUGCAGGAACAGGGAUUGCCCUGGACUUCACCGUGGAGGACUUGCUGAGCUACUUCAACUCCAUCACGACGUCCAACAUGUAG